AUGUUAUUACUAGUAAUUUUAAUAGUCUUAUCAAUAGUUGCGUAUUUCUUCACCGAUGAGUUAAUACCAAAACUAAAAGAAUUAUUUAUAAAAGCAGGGAUCUAUGGAAUAGAUUUGUGCAAAAGUAAUAAAGAAAAAGUCCCAGAAGCAGUUGGCGUCGUAUCGGGAUGUGUGUUUUUGGUUACAAGUUUUUUUUUUAUACCUAUAGCUUUUGGACACAGUCUAAUGGAUACGGAACAUUUUCCUCAUAAUGAAUUUGCAGAAUUACUGGCCGCAUUAUUAUCUAUAUGUUGCAUGCUACUUCUGGGUUUUGCGGAUGACGUUUUGGAUUUAAGAUGGAGAUAUAAACUAAUACUACCAACAGUGGCAUCAUUGCCUCUUCUUGUUGUUUACUAUGUGAAUUUUAACUCCACUACAUUUGUUGUGCCGAUACAACUGAGACAAUUUUUUGGAGUUUCAGUAAAUAUUGGAUUCCUUUACUACAUCUACAUGGGAAUGUUAGCAGUUUUCUGCACCAAUGCUAUAAACAUUUUAGCUGGGAUAAAUGGACUGGAAGUGGGUCAAGCAGUGAUAAUAGCCUCAUCAAUUAUUAUUUUCAAUAUAAUAGAGCUCCAAGGAGAUCAAUAUAAAGCACAUAGUUUUUCACUCCACAUCAUGAUACCAUAUUUGGCAACAACUUUGGCAUUAUUGAAACAUAAUUGGUACCCUUCCAAAGUUUUCGUCGGGGACACAUUCUGCUAUGUAUCGGAUUAU